CUCUUCUCCAUCUCUCUCUCUCUCUCGUAAUGGCCGGCGAACCACUCGAAGUUCAGGAUCGACUGGAAGGUUCCGAGGAUGACGACGCCCUCUCGCUCUCCGACUUCCCGCUCGCCACCACGACUCACCCCAGCAGUGACACCGACCUCGACCAUUUUUCCGACCGCCCUCACCGGUCCUCUUCGGAUUUCUUCGAGUUCUUCAUCGAUCUGGGCUCCCACAUGCGCUCCGCGGACGACCUCAUUGUCUCGGGGAAGCUCGUCCCCCUCCAGGAUCAGUCUGCGUGGCCGUCCAGUCGCGGCGCGGCGAUGGGCCGUCGCUGUGAGUCUCUUUCCGAGCUCGAGAGAUCGUCGGUCUCUCGAUCGAGAAGCUCGAGGGCGCAGCUGGCGAGGAGCAGCCGGUCGCUCGACUACCGGAAGCUCUGCCGGCCGUCGAACUCCCUAGUGGGAGAGGCAGAGAGGACUUCAUCGUCGGCCAGGAGCAUGGGGAGGUUGGAAUCGAUCGUGACGAAGCCGUCGCGGCCCCGGUGGCGCAUGCUACCGUUAGGAGUGGUGAAGCUGCCGGCAGAGAUGGAGCUGCGAGACAUGAGAAGCCGGCAGCUGCGCAGGAACCCAUCGACGCUGAUAGCUCCGCCGCCGCCGCCGGUGGUAGCCGGCGUCGGCGGGAAUCUUGCGGUUGACAGGGGCGGUUGGAAGGGGUCAUGGAAGCUGAUCAAGGCGCUGAGCUGCAAGGACCCGGCGACCGUCGCCGUGGCGACGUCGUUCGCCUGUUUGCCACACGUGUGAGGCUUUCCCUCGCGCUUGCGGGGCACGUGAUGACCCUAGUCUUUAAAUGUGAAUGGACCAUAUUACCCAUAGUUGGCUCAUAGCUUUCGCGCCCUUGGUCGGAGGGCAUAUAUGUCAAAACAAGAAAAUUUGGACGGCUUGCACGUGAGGAAUUAUAGUAAUUUGACGUUGCGACGAAGAAAGAGGAUGGAAAAUGGCUUUCUUCUUCUUCACUUCAGUGUGUGUAUGAUGAAGAAUGAUGACGUCACUGCCACAAUGCCAUUGGCUGGCUAUAUGCCACGUGUAAUUAAUGAGUAUAACGGGAAUCAUGAAAAUAAUUUAGUGGGUCUAGUUGAUGUAAUAAACAGGAAUUUUUUUUAUUCCCAGUACUUU